AUGUCGCUUGACCGCUCACCGAGUCCACGGAGACAUGGCGGCUGGUCCUCGCCCGGUCUCAAUACCGAUGUCAGUCAUGGUAAAGUACGUGCGACCUCGCCGGGCGUGAAUUGUUCACAAACGAAUGGAGGUGUCACUUGGGAAGCUGCGAAGAAGCGCAGUGCCAGGGUGGAACACGGCGCAUUUGCGAGGCAUCAGAGUCAGAAUACGGGCUUAUAUGGUCGGUGGAAGAGAAAGUUGAGCGUGAGUUUGCCAAGGUGGAGUCAUGGUGGACAGGAAGACCGGAUUGUGGAAAAAGAGAGGUUGGAGAGAGGGCGGAUACCACCCCGAGAAAGAGGCUUGUGGGCUGAAGGGUGGAAGGACAUUCCACGUCGCAUUGGACUGCUGAUAUCCAGGAGACGGAAGCAUCUUGCGGUGUUGUUGCUGUUGGUGGGUCUGAUAUGGUGGUGGAACGCAUCUCUUGUCUUCUGGUAUCGAAGAACUCCAUGGCUCGGCGGCGGCGCCAAAUUCGUGAUCAUCCUCGGAGCAAAUCAAGGCGGAGGCGUGAUGGAGUGGAAGGGAGCAAGAGAAUGGGCCAUUGAAAGGGACAGUGUCAAGAACAAGAAGAAAUACGCGGCGAAAUGGGGUUACGAAUUGGACAUUGUCGACAUGAGCACGAAGAAACGAUAUGCGCACGAGUGGAGAGAAAGCUGGGAAAAAGUGGACGUGAUACGAAACGCCAUGAAGAGGUAUCCCAAUGCUGAGUGGUUCUGGUGGCUCGAUCUCAACACCUUCAUAAUGGAGCCGUCGAAAUCCCUCCAAUCCCACAUCUUCUCGGAUCUCUCGCAUAACGUCUACCGCGACAUCAACAUCUACAACCCGCUCAAGGUGCAGCAUCCGCCGAACGGUACCUCCGCCUCGGGCAGCUUCGAAAACUACCUCGAUCCCGAAUCCCUCUCCCCUGUCGGCGAUGGCACGCUUGAAAGCAUCAACCUCGUCCUAUCGCAGGACUGCGGCGGCUUCAACCUGGGCAGCUUCUUCGUCAAGAGAAGUCAAUGGUCAGACUACAUGUUGGACAUGUGGUGGGAUCCCGUCUUCUACGAGCAACGACAUAUGCAGUGGGAACACAAAGAGCAGGAUGCAUUGGAAUACCUCUACACCAACCAGCCGUGGAUACGCCCGCACAUCGCUUUCCUCCCGCAGAGGAAAAUAAAUGCCUUCCCCAACGGCGCUUGCGGUGAUGAUCGUGGUCUUCCACCUGAAGGCUGCAAAAACUCUCUUACGACCGGUCUGCAAGGCGGUCCGAGAGCGGAGGAUCGAGGCGAGUGUGGAGUGCAGGGCAUCCACUACCAGCAGAAAGAGCGAGACUUUAUGGUCAGUAUGGCAGGCUGCGAGUGGGGACGAGACUGCUGGGGAGAAAUGUAUAAUUUCCGGGAGUUGUCGAAUCGACUGAAUCGGAGUGCGUGGGAGAAGUUCAAGGAUUGGUUGUGGGAUAGUUGGCAUUGGCGGGAGGUGAGGGCGGAGAAGGAAAAGAAGAUGAAGGAGAAGGCGGAGAAGGAGCAGAAGGAGCAGGAGGAGAGGCAAAGGAAGGAGGAGGAAGAAAGGGCGCAGGAGGAGGCGAAGCGGAAGGCGGAGGUGGAGGCGAGGAGGGAGCAAGAGAGACAGUUGCAGGAGCAGGCGGAAGAGAGAGCGCGGGCGCAGGAGAGGGAGAAGAAGAGGGCCGAGGCGAAGGCGCUCGCGAAGGCUCAAGCGAAGAAGGAGGAGGCGGCACGGCUUCAGCAUGAGGCUGAGGCGAGGGCUGAUGCGCUGGCGAGGGAACGGGCUGCGGCGCAGAGGAGUCCGGAAGCUCAACCGCAAGACGCAUGAGGGCCUCAGACGGGGCUGCAGAUUGGAGCAGAGCCGCAAACGCAAAGCCUGCAGUCCAGCUGGAAGAACGAACGACUCUGCUUCACUGGGUGACGCACAAAUCUCGCGUUCGCACCAACUGGCGACGGGAGAUGGAGUCUGGCCGGCCACUGUUGGAUUGGAUUGCCUUCCUUCCUCACAUUACCUUACAGAUAGAAGCAAAAAGCAUAGCGCGGUACGAACCGGAAAUAUUUCGGGGCGAGCAUUUGGACUGGAUCUGGCGGACUGCCGUUUACCAUUCUAGG